CCCUAGGACUCGGUCCCCUCCCCCCUCCUGGACGCUCCCUCUUCCCUGGGACACCCCUCUUCUGUCUGGUGUGGCCAUGGUGCCCUGGGCUUAGGAACUCUGGCAAAGUCCACCCGGUCAAUGGGGGAUGCUGGGAGGGUGCUCAGGUCACGUCAGAGGCAAGGGCUGGAGGGGCCAGCCUUGCAGCCCCCUGAAUGCCCAGGAGACAGCUCAGGAAACGUGUAACAAAUCGUGAAGGCUAGGUGCUCAUAUCGCAUCUCUGCUGCGCAUGUUUCUAGAUAUGGAUCAGAAACUGUCCAAGUUGGUAGAAGAGCUCACAACUUCGGGGGAACCCCAGCUGAAUCCUGAGAAAAUGAAGGAACUGAAGAAAAUUUGCAAGUCUUCAGAGGAGCAGCUCAGCCGUGCCUACCACCUGCUCAUGGCCCAGCUGAGCCAGGACCACGCCGAGAUCCGCCUCUCCGCAUUCCAGGCCAUAGAUGAGCUCUUCGCCCGGUCCCAUCAGUUCAGGAUGCUGGUUGUUUCCAACUUUCAGGAGUUUCUGGAGCUCACACUGGGCACCGACCACGAGCAGCCCCUGCCACCUCCCAGGGAGGUGGCCCAGAGGCUGCGUCAGGCUGCCACCCGGGCCAUCCAAGGGUGGAAUGAGAAGUACGGUGCGGCCUACAAGAAGCUCGCCUUGGGCUACCACUUCUUAAGACACAGCAAACAGGUGGAUUUUCAGGACGUGAGCGCGCGGACUCUGGCAGAAAGAAAGCGGGAGGAGGAGAAGCGGAAGCGCUUGGAUAGAAUCUACAGGGAGAGGUCUGAGCAGGCCAUCAGGGAGAUGGAGGAGAUGUCCGAGGAGAUUCGGCGCUGUCUCACGGAGGUGGAGAGCUGCUUCAGGCUGCUGCUGCCCCUGGACCUCGCCGCAGGCCUGGGCGCCUCAUUGCCCACAGUGGCCUUCAGUGUGUCUGAGCAGAGUGCCCCUUGCCAGGCCAGCGCUGGCAGUCACGGGGACGAGGAGCAGCCCUGCUGUAGCAAGACCCUGCCCGCCUGGGCCGGCCAUCCGGGAGCUGGCAGUGGGGAGGGGCCGCCGCAGACGGCCACAGGGGCCGAGGAGGAGGACAGCGACAGCGAUGAGGAAGGGUUUGUGCGGCGCCAUGGACUGGGCUCCCACAAGUACACGCUAGACGUGGAGCUCUCCUCAGACAGCCUGAGGGUGCGUGAGGACGAGGACAAUCACGCUGUCAUCCACUCCGCCCGGGACGCGCUCAAGCUUAUCCAAAACACCUUCCUGCCAGCUGUGUGCUCCUGGGUCCAGCUAUUCACCCGCGCAGGGAUCCACGGUGGGCACCUGGAAGCUGCCAUCGACCUGAAGACGGAACUGGAAAGGGCCCUGAGGCGAUCGGAAGAGCUGGACAUCAAGCCUGAGGAGGGGCGCUGGAGGGAGGUGGCAGCCCCAGGGGACAGGGAUGAGGAUGAGGACGAGGAUGAUGGGGACUUUGUCGAGGUCCCAGAGAAGGAGGGGUAUGAGGCCUGCAUCCCCGACCACCUGCGGCCGGAGUAUGGUACUCUCGGGUCGGGCUCCUCCCCAAGGCCUCCCCGCAGUGGGCUCCCGCUGUCCCUGGUGCGCAAGCCCCAGCACCCAAUCAGUGGGCACAGCCAGGCUGGCGCCACACGAGGGGCAGCCCUGCUGGGGACACACAAGUCUCAGCACUGGGGAGCGAGUCUAGGAGUGGGGCGGGCACCCCAGAGCAGAGAGCGCGCACAGCUCCUGUGCCCCGGGGACAGUGCUGUGGGGGACUCCCGAGGUGGCAGGAGACUGGUGACCGUUCGCUGGGCUCCUUAGUCCCCGGGCCCCAUGGCUGGGGCAUCCCCACUUGCCAUCUGUGGAGUCAUGGACUCCGCUGCUGGCCCAGGACACCUCCGUAGCUCGUGGCGGAGGAGGGCUGUUCCUGGGAAGUGCAGCCCCAGCUCUGACUGGUCUUUGCUGUCUGGGGUUUCCUUCUUUCCCGUGUCUGCACCCCAGCACAGUGGCCAUCUAGCAAGAAGGGGUGUGGGCCCGCAGGAUCUACCCAGCACACACAGAGGCGGCAAAUAAAAACAAGACCCGUGGCUUUUGUGGAAAAACAGACCAAUCAAUUUCUCUCUGAGUCUGUAAGGCGAAAUGUGAGUUUGUUAACCAGAGUGUAGAUGACUGGAGCUCAGGUGUGGCGCUGUGGCCCAGUAGGGGCAUCGUGCCAAAGUGGCACUUCCAGACCUGACGGCUGCCGUUUGCGCAGCCCCGGUUCCUCUCCCCGGGCACCAGCCUGGAUGUGGGAGCAGCGGCGACCCACCCCUGCUCCCAGCCGGCCAGGGCCUGUGUGCCUGCCUCGCCCUCUGCUCCAGCCAUGCGGGCCUUCACUUCUUAGCUUUUGGGUCUUCCUCUGACCGAUAGGCAACCCUCCUGCCCUUUGUUCUUCCGUGUUCUUCUGCACCUGAAAUGGCCUGCCAUCCCCGGUUUAUGCUGCUGUCCGCCCCAGAGCAGGGGCUCCCUGUGGCCAGAGGCCCCACCUGCACCCACGAAGUACCUGGGGGCUGCCUAAGGCAUCUGUCGGGAGCAGUGACCGCCCUCCCGUGCCCAGGCCGGAGCCCAGCAGAAGCCCAGACACUCCCGUGGCUGCCCGUGCCCCAGGCUGGGACAGUGGGCAGUGGGGCAGGACUGCCAGGAAAUAGUCCGCUCAGUGUUAUCACUUCUCCAAGUUUCUGCAGCAGAGGAUUCUGGUGACGGGCAGCCCGUGACUGAGAGCCUCCUGCGGCUGGCAGCGCGCCCAGCAGAGGUCCGGCUUUGAGGUGCUGGGCCCUGCCUCUGGGGCCUGGGAGCCCCACGCUGACCCUAGCUAGUCCUCUCUCCGAGGCUUUCCA